GCAUGUCUUAUUUGCAGGUAUCUGUGACUCUUACCAGUGGGUGAUGAGUGUUUGUGAAGCACUCCACCCUGCACUAGAACGUUUAGACUCGGAACACCUCAGUCGUUUCAAGCUCAACUGGGUGACUGUGAACAUGCACGUCUUCCACUCUACCAUAUUAACUGAUCCUGAUGUACAUGACUAUGCACAGAUCUGCAAAGAGAAGUUACAAUAUUUUCAGCUUAGAGAAACCCCAGGAGGUGAGGAUGUGUUGAGUUGUUUGGCAUCACUUCAUCGUACUUUAGCUGUAGCAGAAGCUGUGUGGGUACGUGCAGAUACACUCCUUCAAGAAUAUGCAAUUGAAAGAGCUGCUCUCAGUGCUCGACGGAGGCAGUUACUGGCAGAUUGGGAACAAUUUAAAGCCCAGCAACGAACUCAACAGCAAGAAGCUGCCAAGGCUGGUGUCCCAAAUUUAGUAUCAACAUCUGCAGCACUUAGUGAGGAUGGUGGAGCGCAGUGCCCUUGUGAUGAUUGUGUUAAUGGUCGAACUGGGCAAUUAGAAGGCCAACCCUUGUCAGGCAAUGCACGCAUUGCUCUCUCCUCAACCCCAGAUGUUCGCUCUCCAUCCAGUUGUGAAUGUCACUUUUGCAAUGCUUCUAUGGCAGCCGCUACGAAUGAAGAACCUGUUUUGCCACCAUCAUCUGGAAGUUCUCUGCCACCCCUGGCACAGCCACAGCUAUCUUUGUAUCCACACAUUCACAACACACCACCUGGAAGUGAUAUUGUUGGGACUGGUCAGUCAAGAGAAGAACUGGGACCCAUUCCACCUGCACCAUCUACAAAGCCUCCCAUCACAACAAAUCCCUACUUGGGAAGUGAUCUUUUAACUGAACAGCUAAUGAGGGAAUGGGAGUUAGUAUAUGGGGAUGCCCUGACACCACCUGGAUCACACCCAAUUUUGCCUCCUCCUCCUGAUGCUGUUAUCCAACAUUAUGAAGGUGAUCCAUCAAGCCUAGUGAGUGGUGUGGAGACAAUGCGUAUUAGUUCUUCUCGACCCUCCUACACCCGUUCCAUGGUGGAUCCUUCCAUGCCAUAUGUGCCUGACUCCUGCACCACUGCUCGUGCACAUACUACCAUUCUGCCCAGCUCCCAGCCUUCAGCUUAUGCUGCUGAUCAUACUGUAUCCUCUGCCCAUUCUGUGGCUAAAGUUCCUGUAAGCAGCAGAAGCAGUACUCCUAGUUGUGAGGGCAAUGUAUCAGCCAUUGUACCAGAUGUAAUAACAACUUCAGGAAAGAGCUGCUGUACGACCAGCAACACAACAAGUGUUAUUACCCAUACACAUGCUCAUCAUACUCACACAACUGCUACUGCUCAGAAAGGUAAAUGCUUGGGCAAGGUUGAGGAAAUUAGAAAACGACAAUUGGAUCGUACAGAUACUUCAACUAGCAGAGAAAGUGUAGGGGAAAGUGAAACUAGUGGUGGAGAUGAAUGGAGUAGUGGAGAUGAGACUGACUCCUCAACCACUGUAUCUUCCACUCAUCAGGAUCCCCACUGUGACUGCUGUUAUUGCCACAUGCUCCACCAUAAGCAGGGUGGUGGCCGGCAGAAAUAUAGUGACAGGAGAGAGAGAUUACUCAAAAUCUUAUCCCGUAAGAAAAAUGCUCGCAACAAUGCUGUGUGUCCUAACACUUCCACAGCAAAUGCAGUUACAGCUGCCUCUGAUAAUACUGAAGUCCCUACAAGCACAGGAGGGACACCACUUGGAGGGCAGAAUAUAGAUAAAAUUAUGGAUUAUAUUGAAGGCAAUCAGACAGAUGAAGCAAAACGAGCUAAGAAAGCAGCCAAAAAGGCUCGUCAGAGGCAAAAGAAGUUAGCAAUGAAAAAGGAGAAGAAAGAAGAGGAGAAAAUUAAACUGGAAAAUAAAAAGGGGGAAUGUGAAGAGGAAGAGGAGGAGGAGGAGGUUGAAGAUGGACCUUUGGCUGAGCUCAGAAGACGAGCUCCAGACGUGACCAUCACUGUUGUCCGACCAGGCCAGCAGACAUCACGCACAACCUCAUCUCCUCAAAUGGCUUUUCAGCGACCACGUGAUCCAUCCCCUCCUGCUAUGGAAGUCUAUAAACCCCCACAAGCAAAACUUGUACCUUCACUAGCUCAGUCAUCUGAAGAACUUUCAUCACAGUCUCAAUCUUCCUCAAGAACUAUUCUCCAUCCUUCCCGGCAUUCUACCCAAGGGAGGCAACCACAGUCUCAGCCUGGCAAGCACUUUGCAGCGUCUGCCCCAAGCUUCAGCAAUCGUGAACCUGCUGAGCGUGCAGCAGCUGGUGGGGGUGAACCAGGAGGCCUUAGCAAUAUCUUGAAGGCGAUGGACACAUCCGGAAAAGAAAAGGACAAAGGGUCACAAAUGGUAACCAUAAGAAGAGUGAUGGACCCUAAUAGUGCUGAGCCAACAGUUACCAUUACUCUGAAAGGAGAACAACCAGAAAAAGAUAAAGUGCUCUUUAAACUAAUUAAUGGUCAAGCUGUGGCAGGUAAUGGAGGAUCUGGGCAAGGAGGGAAGAAAGGCAGUAAAUCCCAGAAGAAUUCCAAGGUCAACCAGCCCCUUCCAAAGGGUCACCCAACUCCAGCCCCAAAACCUUUUUAUGACCCAAUAGUGCCUGAAGGACUGGAUCCAGAAGAGUUAAGGAAACUGAAGAAAAGGCAGAAGAAAGAGAGACAGAGGUUGAAAAGGCAGCAAGAGCAUAUGCAAGAACAGGAGAAGGGUCAAUUACAGCAGCUGGAGAUACAGAAGCAGCAGGAGUUUCUAAGGCAGCAGCAAGAGCAAAUUCACCAGCAGCAGCUAGCCCUGCAGCGGCAACAAGAGCAACUCAUGAAGCAGCAGCAGCAGCAGCAACAGCAAAACACAAAACAGUCAUUUAACCUGCCUCCAGGAGUAACCAUAAAUAAAGUAGCUGGACAGCCAGGAAUGGUUACAAUAUCCAAUAACAUGGGAGGUGCCUUUUCACAACCUUUCUUACCGAAUCCAAACAUUUAUCCUAGUCCAGUUGUCCAGGGCUUCCCGAUGUCUGUUGCAAAAAAUUCACCGUUACCUAAUUCUUACAACACUGCCCAUACUCCAAGUCUCAGUUGGAAUAGUGCUAUAGAUAAAGCUGGUAGUUACCCAGAUAAGGAUAAUGUAAUUGUAGUGGACACAAACAAUAGUUUCUUAGGGGCAAAUUCAUCACCUAACAGUAAGACUGCAGAUCCUGAGAAAGAGGAGGAUGAUCUUAUGGAUCAGAUGUAUAAUUUGGCCAGCGGAAAUUGGAAUAGGAUCAAUGAGGAUAAAACAAACCACUCACAGGGGAAGAACCAAAGUAAAAAGAAUCAAAAGCAAAAAGAAAACAACAAGAAGCAAGCUUCACAGACUGCUAACAAUAAACAGAAUGCACAGCAGAGUGCAAAGAAUAAUAAACAACAAAUAGCACAGGAGAGUCAUCAGCAAAAACAGAAGCAAAACAGCAAAAAUAAUACUAAACAAAGUAACAAAGAUAACACAUUGCAGAAUAUAACCAAUCAGCCAAAAAAAGAAUCUCUAUCCAGUGCCAGAGAGAAGGGCAAACAGCAGUCACAUCAUCAGGAAGAGAACAGACAAUCCAGUCAGCAGAAACAAGGGCAGAAGAGAGUGACAGAAAACCAACAAAAGAAAGGCCAACAGCAGAAACAAGCUCAACAGCAGAAGCAGGACAAGCAGACACACCAUCAACAGAACCAAUCACAGCAUCAGAAGCAGCAACAAAAACAUGAUCAAAAGCAUCAGCAGCAACAAAAGGGUAAACAGGAAAAGCAUGGCAUGUUAAACAACCAAAAGGUAGACCCAAACAGCAUUGGAAAUUACCCCAACAGGAUUGGGUAUGACCCUCAAGAUAUUGCACAUGAAGCCCGUUAUGCUCAGUAUUUAGCUGCCAAUGCCAAUACUCUAGCUAAAAUGAAUUAUAGUACUUACAAUGGCAGCAUUACUGGGGAACAGGGCCAGGAUCAGUAUUUGAUAACAGAGGAAGAGAAGCUCAUCACCAAAAAGAAGAUGAAAAAGAAAGGCAAGAAGGGCCAUCUUGAGGACAUGACCAUUGAUAGUGUGUUUACCCCAAAGGAUGUUGCUGAGGGAGAAUUAGAUGAAACAGAAAGGGAUGUAGAGGCCUUCAAACGUUUUUGCUUUAAUAAUGUUCCUCGUCACUCUGGGGAGAAACCCAAAGUGAAUUUUAAUGUUAAAGACAUUAUGAUCAAGAAGAGGCCCUGCAAUGGCAACCUUUAAUAUAUGUCAGUCUUUUAGAUACAGAUGUAGUUUUGAAACCAUUUUGAUGAAGUGAAUAUACUUGGUAAUUGUAAAUAGGAGAAUACCAAAAAGAAGUUUGUUCUGAAUUCAGCUGUUCCUUAUGCAAAAUGUAUUUAUUAGUUGUAUAAGUCUGGUAUGUACCACUGGCCAGACUAAAUUUCUUUUAGUUAUAUUUAGAAAAAAUCUUGGGAUGCAAGAUGUAUAAUUUAGGCAUCAUGAGCAUUGGUGCUUGAUAUGAAAAUGACACCAGUGAUUAUUUAAAAAGUAAAUAUCAUUUGUUCUCA